UUCAUCAAUCCAUUUUCUUUUAUUUCGGCAAUGUGGAUUUAUUUAUCAGUUUUAGCAGUGACCUUGGCCGUGCUAUGGGUGCGCAAGCGUUACUCAUACUGGAAGGAGCGUGGCAUCCCGUAUUCGGAACCAAGUUUCCCAGCCGGUAACAUUCCUGGAAUGGGGCGGACGAAGCAUUUUUCGGCACUGAUGCAGCACUGUUACAAUGAUCUGAAGGGAAAAGGACCUAUCGGAGGAAUGUUCUUCUUCAUAAAUCCCGUUGCGUUGGCAAUGGACUUGGAUAUGAUCAAAAAUGUGUUAGUGAAAGAUUUCCAGUACUUCCAUGACCGAUCAGUGUACUACAAUGAAAAGGACGAUCCUUUGUCGGCUCAUUUGCUUGCUAUAGAGGGUACAAAGUGGAAAAACUUGAGAGCCAAAUUAACGCCAACGUUCAGUUCAGGAAAAAUGAAAAUGAUGUUUCCAACCAUCAUUGGAGUUGCCGAAGAAUUUCAGAAGCUAAUGAAAACUGAAAUGUCGAAGAAUGAUGAAAUUGAGAUGAAGGAGAUUCUUGCACGAUUUACAACUGAUGUCAUCGGAAAUUGUGCUUUUGGAUUGGAAUGCAAUAGCCUACAUGAUCCAGAAGCCGAAUUCAGACGCAUGGGAAGAAAAAUAUUUUCAGUUCCUGGUGGACUCCUUAGAGUUUUUAUCGCUCAACAGUUCCGUUCGAUUGCUCUAUCACUUCGGAUAGUUUUAACUGAUAAAGAAGUGUCUAAAUUUUUCAUUGGUGCUGUUAAAGAUACAGUCAAGUAUCGAGAGGAGAACAAAAUUGAAAGAAAUGAUUUUAUGAGCCUGCUGAUGAAACUCAAAAACGCAGAACCGUUGGAAGACGGUAAUGUAAGCAAAAUGGACCCACUGACUGUAGAGCAAAUCGCUGCACAAGCUUUCGUGUUCUUCUUGGCUGGCUUUGAAACGUCAUCGACCGCAAUGUCCUAUUGCUUGUACGAAUUAGCGCAUAACAUCGACCUACAAAACAAGGCGCGGAAAUGCGUUACAGAUGCUAUCAAAAAGCAUGGUUCAAUGACAUACGAGGCAAUUCAAGACAUGCCGUAUAUCGAUCAGUGUAUCAACGAAUCCCUUCGUAAAUAUCCUCCUGUUUCCAAUCUUGCAAGAAAAGUUACCAAGGACUACAAGCUCCCCAACAGCGAUGUUGUACUCCAGAAAGGUUCCACACUUAUCGUACCGGUAUAUGCCAUACAUCACGAUCCCGAGUACUACCCCGAUCCGGAACGGUUCGACCCGGAUCGCUUUGCGCCGGAUCAGGUGGCCAAACGACAUCCGUACACUUUCCUGCCGUUCGGUGAGGGUCCUCGAAUAUGUAUUGGCAUGCGGUUCGGCGUGAUGCAAGCUCGAGUCGGUUUGGCGUACUUGUUGAAGGAUUUCAAGUUCACGUUGUCCAACAGAACACCGGUUCCGUUGAAAAUCUCACCACGCACUCUAAUUCUCACAUCGGAAGGAGGACUGUGGUUGAAAGUGGAGCAGUUGUGAAGACGUUGGGAAGGUGUCGCGAGGAUGAGUGUGAACAUGAACAAAA